CAAAAUACCGAAACAUCUUCAGUCAGACGUUGUCUAUGCAGCAAAAUGUGGUGAUUGUAAUGAUAGUUAUGUCGGAAAAACUGAACGACAAUGUCUUAGAAGACUUCAAGAACAUGGUGCCCCCAAAAAGCUUUUCACCGAGCUAGGACUUAAAUGGAUGAAUGAUGAAAGAUCUGAUGCCGAGAUAGAUGAUGCAGUAAAAAUACGAGACUCGAUCGGACCAUUAAGAAAGAAAAAGAAAGUAAAAACUAUUCAACCGUACUCAGUUCCACGUCAAUCAUCUCGAUUGCGAGAAAAACGGUUAAAACUGUCACAGAUGUCUUCUCACAUGGAUGGUACACAAUCUUCACUGAUUAACAAUGUAAAUACUAUAGGGAAUGAUGAUGACGUUAAGAUAAAAUCGUCUCUAGCGAAACAUGAAGUUGAGACUGGACAUAAAAUCGAUUGGGAAAAUUUUGAAGUUAUUGAUAGUGAUAAAAAUUCAUAUUACUUGCUGAUAAAGGAGAGCUUGAUGAUCAAAACGUUAGAGCCAAAAUUAAAUUGUACAACUCACUCUGUUCCGAUGAUCAUUUUUCCAGAAGGAAUACCUCGAAGAAAACAAAGAGAGAAAAGAAAAGAGAUAUUAUAGUCAAAGACUCGAAAUACACACAGACGAACACAAUUGUGUAACAAAAUUCUUUUCUUUCUAUUUUGUGGUCUAGAAAAGAAAGGUUAGAUAGUAAAAAGAAAAAUACUUGAAGAGAGAAAAUCGUACAGUAUAUAAAUAUAAAUUAUACCAUUCAGUUUAAAAGAAAAUUUUCUGUUUUCUGUAUAUAUCCUUGACAAUGAUUUUUUAAUAAAUCGAAACAUUGGAAAUUCAAAAUGAUUAAAACCGCUGCUUUAGUUAUACUUUUCUUAAUGAAAACUCUACCAAUUACAUACAAAAAUGUUCUUUUACCGUGAUGCGGUCGACUUGAAAAAAAGUCGUCUCUCAACGAACUGGUCAUGUUCUUAUUUUGUAUUGGAUACUCCACUCUGUAAUACUUAGGUGUGACCAGUUAAAAACCGGUGUUAGUUUCUAUCACAAAUAGGUUCGAAACCUUUUUAAGAUUUCGACAUUAUAGACUAAACAUUUUUCUACAAAAUAAAACAUUCCACAACUCUUAUUGAUUCUUCGCAGUCAGAUUAUAGCAGUUUUCCUGUAUAUCACCAGUUUUUAACUGGUGCUUUAGUAAUACCCAUGUACAACUUAAAAAAUAAAAUUUUUUUCUAAGACGAAGUUGACCUUAAUGCUGUUGAUAAUUGUGAGAAGACUGGAAUAUUUUUUGACAAAAAUUAUAGUGCAUCCAUCCACUCUAACUAUCCUGUGUCUGUCGUUUUUUCGUCUAGAAGAUCAAUCGAUAAUAAAUGAUUUUCGUCAACAAAUUUUAUCUCAAGAAAGUGAAUCAAAUCAAGUUGAAAUAGAUCUAAUAGAUUAUCUUCACUCUGAAAUGAGUGAUUUUUCCAAUGUAUUUGUUAAGUCUUUAAAAAAAGUUUUUAAAAAAGAAAAUAAUAUUGUCGAAAAAUUGUUGGAACAUCGGAUGAGCAAUAUUAAAUCAAUAUUGAAAGAAAAGAGAUUACAUCAAAACGCUUUGAAACAAGUAUCAGAACAAAUUUCAACAUUUGAUUCCACUUUUGAUGAAACCAAACAAUGCAUUAAUGUUGAACAAAAUCAAGUGUUGACAAAAUAUAAUCAGAUUAAGCAGAGUUUUCAUCAAUUAAAAAGUCGAGAACGACACAGUAUUCAACCAAUUUUAGGAACUCAAUUAGAACUUAGGAUUCGCACGUUGGAUGAUGAUCUAGAAUUAAUGGAACGAUUGAUCAAUGGUAAAUCACUGCAAAAAACUGUGUUAAGAUUGUCAACAAUUGUCCAAACACAAUCCGAUGAGGAGUCAAUAAUAUCAAAAAUCGAUCAGAUUAACAUGGCAUCAAAAUAUGACGUAGUACAACUAUUGCCAGAAAGAUCAACAUUUGGAGAAUUUUCUACCCUUGAUGAUAAAGUUACGGAGUUAGUACCCGAAUUAGCCUCAUAUUUGCCAACAAUUGAACAACGAGUUGAUACAAUCGAUAUAAUGAAGGUGAGCAUAAAUGAACGUCUUUUAAAGCUAAAACAGGAGUAUAACGAGGGUAAACACGAUAAAGAACGUUUAAAUCGUAUAAAAUUACUCACUGAUGAAAUCGGAAAACAAGUCGAAAAAAUAUCGGAAAUAGAAGAUAAAGAAAAGUUUUCGAUUCAAAUUCGUGAUUUGAGCGAAAAGAUCACUGAUAUUAAUAUCCAUUUGGAAGAAGAAUCGUUAGAAACAUUGGGAACGGGAACAAUCAAACUAAAAUCAAUUGAUGUCAUUAAAGGUGCCACGGCACUACGGAAUUUGUUACCAAUAACAGCUAAAUUAAAAAUAUUGUCAAUCGACAGCAAUGGGCAACCAAUCGAGUCCAUGUCUAGCAAAGAAAAACUCAUCGAUACAAAAGAUAAUGUCGUGUUUGUUGUCAAUGAAACGAACAAGCUCAUUUCUGAAGCGAUCAAAUUCAAUCAACAUACUCCCAUUCCGUUUAUUCUAUCUAAACUACAAAUUGGUACAUUUAUUAUUGACGAAAAUACCAAUCGUCCUACUACAUUGUUAACGGAGGAACAAAUCGAGAAAGAAUCAGAUAAACUGGAAGAAAAAAUGUUAGUGUCUUAUGUGAUUGAUAAUAAACGACCCGUUUCAGAACCAUUAAAAAUAUUGUUAGAACAAAGUUUAGAGAAGAAACAAUAUUUCGAUCAUAUUUUACAAAUAUUUAAAGAUAUUAGACUUCAACGUCAUAAACAGAUGGAACAAGUGAAUAAAAGUGAUGAAAAUUCAUCAGUCCAACUAUUCUCAAGUAUUCAUGAAACAUUUAUUAGUGAAUGGAAUGUAUUGGCAUCUGUAUUGCAAAAUAAAUUAGAUGAAUUGAAGAUAGAAGAAAAAAUUAUUGAAAAAGUUACGCCUAUUAUUGAUAAACGAUGUGAUAUGAUGUCAAGUCAUGAAGAACAAUAUAUUCGUGAGAAAAGCCUUCUAGAUAAUUUAUUAAAACAUCUUGAAAUAAUUAAUAGAAUAGAUGAAGGAAUAACACACGGUAAAUCAAAAUAUAUGGCCUCUAGUCAAAUUCAAUAUUUAGAAUCAAAUUUAAUUCAAUAUCUAAUUGAUAUUAGUAAACAAUUGAACAAUGAUAAACUCGUUGAACAGAUUGAAAAAAUACAGAAACAUUUUGCUGUACCAUCAUCGAUUGAUUAUGAACAAGCGUUGACAGAAUUGAAAACAAAUGUUUUUUUAGCAAUUAAACACGUUGUAAAUGAUAUUAAGAAAAAAUGUGAAUUAUUAUUGAUGGAAAUAUAUUCAUCGAAAGAAGAAAUAAGUGAACUAUUGCAAGUGAGAACACAAUAUAUUCAAUUUUUAGAUCAACGACAUCAAGAAGAAAAGAGUGAAGAGAUAAUAUUAGAAACAUUAAUGGGUAAUAUUGAACGCUUACAAUUUCAAUUUUAUCAAAUAAUAGGUAAGAUCUAUAACUCAUUUUUAGAACAUCUCAUAAGCUAGACAUGAUCUACGGUUCUCAAACAAGACAUUUACAGAAUUUAGUAUUUAUGUAUUACAUUUUUUCGUUGUCUUGUAGGUUACAAGAAGAAAAGUUCAAUAACUAGCGAAUUUAGAAAGAUAUAACGCUCAAAUUUUCUUACAAAAUUUUUACGGGUAUUGCUAAAAGACGCGAACACCCACGAACAGCUACGAACAGCCACGAAC